AUGGUCUCUUCCCAGUGGACGCUGGCGUACGCUCUGCCCAUCCUCCUCAGCCUCGUGGGCGUGAGCCUCACCACACCCGUCGACGCCCGCGCGCUCGCGACUCGCUGGGAGCUGCCCGACACUGCGCAGGAGAUUGACCAGAAGGCCUUCAACAACCUCGACCCGAUUGCGAGCCAGAAUGUGACGGAUGGGAGCUACCUCUUCAUCCCACCCGGAUCCACUGCCGAGUCACUCAAAGCCAAGCCCUUCCACGUGUACGACGACAACUUCCUCACCAUCCUCGGCUCCAACCCGACCCUCACCUUGAUUGCCGACUCGGGCACCGACCCGCUCUUCCACGAAGCGGCCGUGUGGUGGCCGCCCACUGACGAAGUCUUCUUUGUCCAGAACGCCGGUGCCAAAGCUGCCGGAACAGGUCUGGCCAAGAGCGCCAUCAUCGAGAAGAUUUCGCUCAGUCAGGCCGCCGCUGCUGCCGCGGGCGGCAACGCAAACGCGACAGGGCAGGUGGAUGUGGUGACGGUGCCCUCGUCGCCGCAGGUCAUCAACCCCAACGGAGGCACCAACUGGAACGGCGGGAUUGUGUUCUGCGGCGAGGGCCAGGGACCCGAUGUCGCCAGUGCACUGUACUACAUGAACCCCGUCGAGCCGUACAAUACCACGGUGAUUCUCAACAACUUUUACGGACGCCAGUUCAACUCGCUCAACGACGUGGCGGUGCACCCUAACGGCUGGCUCUACUUCACUGACGUGGACUAUGGUGUACUCCAGGACUUCCGCGCCAAGGUCAACAUCCGCCGCCAGGUCUACCGCUUCCGUCCCGACACUGGAGUCGUGCAGGCCGUGACCGACCAUGCUCUGCGUCCCAACGGCAUUACAUUCUCCCCCGAUGGAAAGUGGAUGUACAUUGCCGACACGGGUGCGGCCGAGGGAUUCACCGGCAUGGACUGGAGCCUUCCAGCGAGCAUCUAUCUAUUUCUGCUGUUGCUGGACCCAGCUCGUCCCCUACCGCCAGCUUGCGAAAAGUGGCAGAGCUCACACUUCAGCUACCGCUUCCCUGUCAACGACGACGGCACCAUCGGCUCCGCCACCUUGUUUGCCUACGUCUCACCUGGUAUUCCCGACGGUGUCCACUGCGACGAGGCUGGAAACCUCUACGCCGGUGUGGGUGACGGUAUCCACGUCUGGGACCCCGCCGGUACACUCCUUGGCAAGAUUUAUGUCGGCGCCACCAGUGCCAACUUUGCCAGCAGCUGGGAGGCAACUCGGCCAUCCACUGCGUCCACUGCGUCCACUGUUACCCACCUUUGUGAGUCCUUGGCUGACGGACAGUUUGCCGGCAAGGGUCGCAUGGUCAUCUGCGCCGAGACCGAGCUCUACUAUGCCACGUUCGCGGCCGAGGGAGCCCACCUCCCCGGCCUCCAAGGACUGGAGGGCGCUGGGUUUUAA